AUGAAAGAAGAAGAUGAUGAGAUUGAAGAUUGGGAGCUCGAAUACUGGCCGCACAGAUAUUCAUACGAAGAGCUUAGUGAGGCCACCAAUGGCUUCUCCAAAGAUGAGCUUCUCGGGACUGGUGGGUUUGGCAAAGUAUACAAAGCAACACUACCCAACAACACAGUCGUCGCCGUGAAGUGCGUGAACCACUAUUCGAAGCAGGGUUUGAAAGAAUUCAUGGCGGAGAUUUCGAGUAUAGGUCAUCUUCAAUGCAAGAACUUGGUUCAAAUGCGAGGUUGGUGUCAAAAGGGCAACGAAUUGAUGCUCGUGUACGAUUAUAUGCCGAAUGGUAGCCUGAAUCGAUGGAUAUUCGACAAACCCAAGACGCUUUUGGGUUGGGAUGAUCGGAGAAAAAUUCUCGCCGAUGUUGUAGAGGGCUUGAACUAUCUCUACCAUGGUUGGGACCAAGUGGUGAUUCACAGAGACAUUAAGUGGAGUAAUAUUUUGUUGGGGUCUGACAUGAGAGGUCGGUUGGGUGAUUUUGGUCUAGCGAAGUUGUAUACACAAGGGGAGGUGCCGAACACGACGAGAGUGGUGGGGACUUUGGGAUAUUUGGCGCCGGAGCAAAAAUAUACAGAAAUUUGCCCUAAAGGAUGA